AAUGGGCUCCACGCCAAUGCCCUCGGAAGUAUAAUGGCGAUGUCACGGAACCUUCAACGCUUCCGUGGGUCCAUUCCACCCGCACCCAUAAUGCAUCGGGCCGCCCGACAAUUGGUGUUGUUGAAGCGCGCAGUUGGAGUAGGGGCCAACAGAGUGCAGCAGGAGCUACGGCCGAUGGCAGAGUGUGGCAGAGUGCUCGCUGGAGGUCAGUUGCUAUUUGCACGUCGAGCGAGUGCCAUGUUGCUGUUUGCCAUCCUGUGGUCAACGCUCUACUGUACUGAAGGACAAAAGCUCGGAUUUGUUGAAAUUCCACAAAAUGUCAGUGCCACAGUUGGAGAGCCAUUGCUACUGCAGUGCAAAGGAAACUCUACUCUGACGGAUUGUCAGUGGUCGUGGCUGUCGCUCGAAGAUGGACCGAACGCCACGGCGACGCCCGUGAAGGAAUAUCCGGCGUUCGGCGAUGGAACGACGAACGACUGUAGCGUGAGGUUUACCAGUUUAUUGGCUCAGCAACAAGGGUUUUGGAUAUGCGGAAUUCGUGGCCAAGGACUCAGCACCUUCGUAAAUUCACCCCCAGCGAAGUUGGUAGUUCACUAUGGAGUCGAGUUUUCUGAGGUGAUAAAGGAUUCUGUCCUGGAAGCUGGUCAGGAGUUGCUGUUGACUUGCAAAUCUGCACGUCCAGUGAAGGAAUGUCAGUGGAAAUGGAGGACCCUCGCAUCGGACGAUGAGACGGGGCUUACGGUCAAGACGUUCCGAGCAUUUGGGAAUGAGAGUCGGGACUGCAGCAUCCGCCUAAGCAACGUCUUGAUGGAGCAAGAAGGAUUCUGGACUUGCGGUGCUCGUAAUUCCGAAUUAAACUUUACGACAGCACGACCGAUGAAACUCUCUGUCCAUCACCCACAGGAAGCAGUUGAAUUUUCAGAGUUGGCACAUGACAUCCAAGUGAGCGUCGGAAAGCCGCUCGUACUUAACUGCAGAACGUUGAAACCUGUAGAGGAAUGCCAGUGGACUUGGAAAUCGACGUCUGCGACCAACAAGGCGACGGAAGUAGUGAUGAAGCAGUUCCCCUCGUUCGGAAAUGACAGUCGAGACUGCAGUAUCCGUUUCGACAGUGUGGUGAGUGAACAGGAGGGAGUCUGGACGUGCGCCGCUCGCUUUGAGUGGCAAAAUUAUUUCACGUCUGCACAUCCUGUGCAACUCUCCAUCUUUACAGGAGUGGAAUUUGUGCAGCUGUCCCAGGACAUUCAGAUUGCUAUUGGAGAGCCGGUGUUGCUGCGCUGUGUAACGAACAUGGCGGUGGAGCUGUGCCAGUGGUCGUGGCAGCCGCUCAACGGCACCAAUGAGACUGCUGUCGUGGUUAAACAGUUCCCAGCGUUUGGUGAGGAUGGACGAGAUUGCAGCGUGAGGUUCAAGAGUGUCCUGGAAGAACAGGGAGGCAUCUGGAGCUGUGCUGUACGCUUGUACGCGCACUCCCCUUUCACUGCGGCCACGCCUCCGGCUACACUUACGUUGCUUCCUGCAGUGCGCGUGAAAUUGUUAGAGCUGCCAGAAGACGUGAGAGUGGCAGUCGGAGACUCGGCUUUGCUGCGUUGUGUUGCGACAACAUCCGUGAAUGACUGUCAGUGGACAUGGCGGCCCUUAUCCGAGCCCAACAAGACAGAGGUGGUAGUGAAACAGUUUCCCGCUUUCGGCAAUUACAGUCGAGACUGCAGCGUACGCUUCCGUAAUGUGCUGAAGGAGCAAGAAGGUCUUUGGGGAUGCACUGUAAUAGGUCCACCGAAUUAUACCCUACUGGCAGCACCUCCUGCAAAGCUCAUCGUGUUCGAACCAGUGCCGAUUAAUUUUAUACAACUGUCUCAAGACAUCCAGAUGCCUCCAGGGGGGCCACUAACAAUUCGCUGCACGACAGAUUCAGAAGUUGAGGAGUGCAAAUGGACAUGGCAGUCACUGGAUGAAUCAAAUUCCACUGAGAUUGUGUUAAGACAGUUCCUGGCACCAAGAAACAACAGCCGAGACUGUAGUUUGCACUUCGACGCGGUGCUGACCGAGCACGAGGGCAACUGGACCUGUGCCGCCAGAAAUCCGGCGGAGACGCACUUCACGUCUGCUCCUCCCGCUCGUCUCACCUUGCUUCAUCCAGAAUCUGUGAUGGUGGCAUUGUGGUCGGCACCAGAACAUAAAGUGACGUUGGCAUGUCGCCUCAGUGCUCCGAGGCCCACGGCAGUGUGUCGCUGGCACCACCCGCCACACUUAACUGUGGCCCUCGAAGACCAGGAACAAAGGUUUUUCAUGCAAUAUAAUACCAGUCUGGGUACGUGUGCAAUCAUUUUUGGGCCAGAGAUAGACGACUUGGGUCAGUGGAGCUGCACCUUUACGAUAAAUGAUUGGGAAAUAGCAUCUGCGACUCUUGUGUUACUCACUACACCGCCAGGUAAAGAUGAGAAACUAAGUUGGCUUGUUGGUGUGUUGGCAGCAAUGGUACUUAUUCUUACAUUGGUGCUAGUAGCCGUGUUUGUGUGCAAGUGUCGGAAACAGAAGUCUGCUGACAGAAGUGGUCUUGGUAAUCCAGUCCUGUCUGGACAGUCUAGAGACAAGAAGAACCCAGAUCGAUAUACCGAUUCUCCCACCAAAAUUAACUUCCAGUUUCGAGAAACUGCGGGACGAGCUGUUCCUACUCCGACACCCGCUCCUGAAACCCCCGUUGCCACGCCUCAUCACAUUUAUGAGCGUGUUGACCGGUACGUCAGUCCUGUCACAUCUAAGAGCAUCUAUGAGAAUGUUGAAUGAGUUUGAGAAGUACCGUACUUUACCAAACGUAAAUAGCCAAAGACUAUAAUAUAUAAAGACUGCCUGCCUGUGCAGAUGGAAGUAUAAUGUCCCAGAAAUAUUUUAUAGCAUAUUUCCGAGUUAAAGAAUGUUACGUAGUUGCCAUGAGAAGGACAAUAUUAAUUUGUUUUAUUUCUCAGGAGCCUGUUGUUCAAUUGUACAUAUUGACACACUGAAUAAGGUGCACUUUGUAUAGAUAUUACGCAGAAAUAAUACAGAAGAGGUAAUAUUUUCCUGGUCUGAUGUACGUGCAUGAUUUCUUGAUGUAGCAAAACUGUGAUCUUGCCGUGUGGUAUAUUUCAUGCCUUAUGUAUCCUGGUUCUUCUCCAUUAAAUGCCACUCAACGCUUAAACAAUAAAUGUGUUAAUAUAUGA